UUUUCUUUCACAAAACCAUGGUAAAUCCCGGUCUUGUGGGGAAUCAUCAAUGGUUUGAGGCCACACCACUCCGAUGGGCGUAUAUAAGAAGAGUUGUCUUCGGCAUGGUGGUCAAGACAAUAUUCAUUCAUCUUUUCCUUUUACUAAUUGAAAUCAACAGAAAAUGGGUUUGCAAGACGUACUCUUUCCCAUGGAAGUGACCGAUGAGCAGCUCCACACGGUCGUUUUACUCAUGGAUGCUGCCAUUCAUGAGGUUAGUGCCGAGACAGUUGCUCCAUACCUCGACAAGAACUUUCCGAGAGAGAAAUUGGAUAAAUAUCUCGAAGAAUACUCAAGACCUUCCAAGUUGAAGGGUUUCAAGGAAUUAUUGAGAGAGGCCAUCUCCUCAAACACCACCCCCACCCAAACCCAGAGAGACUUCAGAUUUUUGGGGGCUUCAUUAAUGUCGAAAUUGGCUGCUCCAAUAUUCACCAACUCUUUGAAAACUGUCCCGGAAAUGACUUUGGAGGAGAGAGAAGAUUUGUUGAAAUCAUGGAGAGACUCGUAUCUUCCCAUCAAGAGAAAAUUGUUCGCUAUCAUCGUUACUUUGGGAAUUGUUGGGUUCGUAAGACUUGCCACCGAUUUGCAUAAUGCUGCCUGUGGCUAUCCUGGAAGAGACACCAGAGAAAAGAUGUACGAAGGCCAUGAAAAGUCUGAUUUCAGAUACGAAAUGAUGAGUAAGCCUGAAGUGGAAGGUGAGGUAUUAUCGCUUCCAGAUCUUGAUGUUUUAAUCGUUGGAUCAGGUGCCGGAUCUGGUGUGGUUGCACAAACCCUUUCCGAACAGGGUUACAAAUGUCUUGUUUUGGAGAAGGGAAAAUACUAUCACCAAUCUGAGUAUUCCUUCAAUGAAUUGGAAGGAACAGCCUUGUACGAGAAUAAUGGUGCAGUUAUUACAGCAGAUGCGCUGUUAAUUAUUUUGGCAGGUUCUAACUUCGGUGGAGGAACCACUAUUAAUUGGUCUGCCUGCUUGAAGACCCCAUUCAAGGUUCGUAAAGAGUGGUACGACGAUUUUGGUCUAGAAUGGGCCGCUACUGAAGAUUACGACCAAUGCAUGCAAUACGUGUGGGAUAAGAUGGGUGCUGCUACCAAGCACAUUAACCACUCCCAAUCCAAUAAAGUCAUUAUGGAAGCAGGAAGCAAAUUGGGGUAUGCAGUUCGUGAAAUCUACCAAAAUACUGGUGGACACAAAGCUCACGACUGUGGUAUGUGUCACUUGGGUUGUAAGCAUGAUAUAAAGCAAGGUUCCCAUGCUUUCUGGUUGCGUGAUGCGCUGAAGAAUGGAUGUCAGUUCAUGGACCAAGUUAGGGUGCUCAGAAUUGUUCAUAAGAACGGAAAGGCCACCGCAGCCAUUUGUCAGAAUACCCAGACCGGAAUUAAGUUCACCAUCACUGGACCUAAGAAAUUUAUUGUCAGUUCUGGUUCGUUGAAUACUCCAGUUCUAUUGCAAAAUUCCGGCUUUAAAAACAAGCACAUCGGUCAAAAUUUGAAGUUGCACCCUGUCACAGUUGUUUUUGGCGACUUUGGAAAAGAAACUAAGUCAGAACCACACUAUCGUGCAAUUAUGACCAGUGUUUGCACGGAGAAGGAUGAUAUCGAUGGCAAAGCACAUGGUGCAAAAAUUGAAACUAUUGUCCAUACCCCUACCAUGCAUCAUGUAUUCUUCCCUUGGGAUGGCAGUGACAGGUCAAGAGUACACCUGUUGCGUUUUAACAGUAUGUCUUCAAUGUUGAUCAUGCAUAGAGAUACCACGAGCGGCAGUGUUCGUGCUGAUCCUGACAGGCCUGAAGCCCUUAUUGUUGACUACACUGCGAACAAAUUUGAUAGAGGUGCUAUGCUAGAAUCUGCUUUAAUUGCUGCGGAUAUGUUGUACAUUCAGGGAGCCGAAGAAAUUGUUGCACCCCAGUCCCACACAUUAACUUUCAAAUCUCAAAAGCCAAAGGAGGAAAGAAGAGUUGAUGAUGAGGAUUUCGUUGAAUUUAGAAAAAGGAUGGCUAACUGGCCUAUCGAAAUUUACGGAACCCGGAUGGGAUCUGCUCAUCAAAUGAGUACAUGCAGAAUGUCUGGUAAGGGUCCAGCCUAUGGUGCUUGUGAUACAAGAGGUAAACUUUUCGAGGCUGACAACAUCUAUGUUGCCGAUGCUAGUACAAUGCCAACCGCUAGUGGUUCAAACCCAAUGAUUACAACCAUGACAAUUGCAAGGCAUAUCGGAUUGUGCAUUGCUGAGGAUUUAAAGUCUGGACUUUAAGAUUCACCGCCUUUGGAGUGGUAAUGAGUAUAUAAAAAUGGAACGACCUAUUCUACUUCACUAAUUCAGCUAAAAGAGUCCGAUAUUUACUAUUCAUUACACAGAUGACAACCCAAUUAGUUUUGG